AUGGAGAACUUUUCUUCUCCUCUCCAGCAGCCUGUUACCUUGAAGCUCGAAGGCUUCCUGGUCCCACCCGGAUCGGCUCCCCUGCUUUUCUCUCUGGUGACUCUCAACUACCUUUUGGUGGUGCUCGGCAACGGCAUGGUGGUUUGUGUCAUAGCUGUAGACAACCAGCUGCACAGACCCAUGUUCAUCAUGGUCUGCCACCUGGCCCUGUGCGACCUUCUCGGAGCGACCGCCGUGCUGCCGCGCCUCAUGGUCCACUUCCUGACCGGUCAGCAAUGGGUUGGGUAUGCGGCCGCCAUCAUGCAGGCGCUUGCUGUUCACACAUACGGUGCUGCUGUGCAGACGAUUCUGGCAGUGAUGUCAUACGACAGAUACGUUGCAGUGUGCAACCCACUGCGGUACCAGGCCAUCAUGACAUCAUCCCGGCUCCACGGCCUGUGCGCCCUGGCCUGGCUCGUGGCACUCUUCUGCAUCGCUCCACUUUUCAUUCUCCACAUCAGUGUCCCUCUCUGUGGCGAUGUGGUCAGGCAUGUGUACUUCAGCAAUCGCAGUAUCCUGCAGCUGGCCUGCCGGCCCACUCCGACCAACAACAUCUACGGUCUGUCGAUGACGUACAUGCUGAGCUCCAGUGUUUUCCUCAUCAUCGCCUUCUCCUACGUCAAGAUCCUGCAGACCUCAGUUUCCCGCCAGAGAGUGGAAGGCAGAAUCCCAAGAAAAGCCCUUCAGACCUGCAUGAUGCAUCUAGCUGCGUACGUGGUCUAUGAAAUCGCCUCGGUCGUGAUCAUCUUGUCGCUGCGCUUUCCUUCAGUGUCGCAGAACGCCAGGAAGUUUUUCAGCAUCCUUUUUGUUGUCCUGCCCACGACUGCUAACCCCGUCAUCUACGGGCUGGUCAGCCGGGAGCUGCGCACCAGCAUCAUCAAGCGCAUCAGGCCUCACUUUUCUGGCUGA